AAUCACCAUAUAUAUAAGCUCCACAUAAAACCUCUCUCUCUCUCUCUCAUUCCGUAGAAGUCAGAGUCUCUCCAACCCCAACUACGCUCUCCCUACAAAGUUCAUCAAACCUCCCCACAAUUCCAAAUAAGGAGAGACUCUGCAUAAAAGGAGGAAAUUAUUUCUUUUUGUGUUUGUUUGAUUGAGGCGUAAUUCUUUUGAUUUUUCCUUUUUCGAUUUUCUAGCUCGGAUCAGUUAUUAACUCAUGGAAUCCACUUCCGAGAAGUUUUCGCCGUUCGAUUUGAUGUCGGCGAUCCUGAAAGGGGUCAGACUCGACAAUUCCAACGGUUCCGCGGAGGCGGCGCCGCCGGCGCUGGUGGCGAUGCUGCUGGAGAACAAGGACCUCGUGAUGUUGGUCAGUACUUCCGUCGCGGUGCUCGUAGGUUGCCUCGUGUUUCUGAUGUGGCGGCGGGCGGGAUCGGCGAAGAAGAAGGCGGUGGAGCUGCCGAAGCUGGUGGUUCCCAAGGCGGAGCCGGAGGAGGUCGACGACGGCAAGAAGAAAGUCACCAUCUUUUACGGCACGCAGACUGGCACUGCCGAAGGCUUUGCUAAGGCACUAGCUGAGGAAGCAAAAGCUAGAUAUCAGCAGGCCAAGUUUAAAGUAAUUGACUUGGAUGAUUAUGCGGCCGAUGAUGAAGAGUAUGAGGAGAAGAUGAAGAAAGAGAAUUUGGUUUUCUUCUUCUUGGCCACAUAUGGAGACGGUGAACCCACCGACAAUGCAGCCAGGUUUUACAAAUGGUUUAUUGAGGGAAAAGAGAGAGGAGAUUGGCUUAAGAAUCUCCAGUAUGGUGUAUUCGGCCUCGGAAACAGGCAAUAUGAGCAUUUCAACAAGAUUGCUAUUGAGGUGGAUAACAUUGUUACCGAGCAAGGUGGACAGAGGCUUGUUCCUGUGGGUCUUGGAGACGACGAUCAAUGCAUUGAAGAUGAUUUCACUGCAUGGCGCGAAUUGGUGUGGCCCGAGUUGGAUAAAGUACUUCUUGACGGAGAUGAUGCAACUGUUGCUACUCCAUACACUGCGGCAGUUUUGGAAUAUCGCGUUAAAUUCCUUGACCAAUCAGAUGAAUCUGUCUCAGAUUACAGCUCAGCCAAUGGCAAUGCUGUUUAUGAUGCUCUACAUCCCUGCAGAGCAAAUGUUGCUGUGAAGAAAGAGCUUCACUCCCCUGCGUCUGACCGUUCUUGCACUCACUUGGAAUUCGACAUAUCUGGCACUGGAUUAGCGUACGAAACAGGGGAUCAUGUUGGUGUAUACUGUGAGAAUUUAAUCGAAACAGUGGAGGAAGCAGAAAGGCUACUCGAUCUAUCUCCACAAACGUAUUUCUCUGUUCACAUUGAUGAAGAAGAUGGAACGCCACUCAGCGGGAGCGGGUUGCCGCCUCCGUUCCCUCCUUGCACUUUGAGGACUGCUCUUACUCGAUAUGCCGAUCUUUUGAGUGCUCCCAAAAAGUCUGCUUUGGUUGCAUUAGCGGUGUAUGCUUCUGAUCCAAGUGAAGCUGAUCGGCUCAAACAUCUUGCCUCUCCAGCUGGAAAGGAAGAAUAUGCUGAAUAUGUUGUUGCAAGUCAAAGAAGUCUACUCGAGGUGAUGAAUGAAUUCCCAUCUGCAAAGCCUCCACUCGGUGUUUUCUUUGCUGCAGUUGCUCCUCGCCUACAGCCUCGAUUUUAUUCUAUCUCAUCCUCCCCAAAGAUUGCAGGAGAAAGAAUCCACGUGACUUGUGCAUUAGUACACGAGAAAACACCCACAGGACGAGUCCACAAGGGGGUUUGCUCCACAUGGAUGAAGAAUGCUGUGCCAGCAGAGGAAAGUCUCGAUUGCUCUUCGGCACCGAUUUUCGUUAGGACAUCUAAUUUCAGACUCCCUUCUGACCCUAUAACUCCGAUAAUAAUGAUUGGUCCUGGAACUGGAUUGGCUCCAUUUAGGGGUUUUCUUCAGGAAAGAUUAGCUAUAAAGGAAUCCGGAGCUGAACUCGGCCCUGCUAUAUUAUUUUUCGGAUGCAGAAACAGUAAAAUGGAUUUUAUUUACCAAGACGAGUUGAGUAACUUUGUUGAAGCUGGAGUGAUUUCCGAGCUCGACCUUGCUUUCUCACGAGACGGACCGACUAAGGAAUAUGUGCAGCACAAGAUGGCACAAAAGGCUGCGGAUGUGUGGAAUAUGAUCUCGGAAGGAGGCUAUGUUUACGUGUGUGGAGAUGCCAAAGGCAUGGCGCGAGAUGUUCAUCGAACACUCCACGCUAUUGUCCAAGAACAGGGAUCUCUAGACAAUUCCAAAACAGAAAGCUUCGUGAAGAAUCUGCAAAUGAAUGGAAGAUACUUGCGUGAUGUUUGGUAAUUAAUUCCUCCGAUAAUAAAGAAAUAAAAGGAAACCACCAUUGUUGUAUUUGUCGAUACCGAAAAGAAAAAAAAAACGCAGAAAGGAGGUUAAAUAUGCCACCCUCAGCAAGAAUGCCAUGAUCAUCUUUUAGUUCUUUGUGAUUCUUUUCGACUUAGUUAAUUUACGGGAUUUUUUUUCUUCGUGCGUUUUAUAUAUAUUUAUAUAUAUAUGUAUACGAGUAUGUACGAUAUAUAUAUAUACGAAAUAAUGAUUGAGACAAUGCUAAGUAGGUGUAGUUACUCUCUGUAAUCUUUCCUAAUGAGCCGGCAAAAUGGUUCUGAUAGACAACACAUCUUGUUUUUGCACUUAUGUAUGUAUAAUUAUUAAAUGUCUUGUUUUUAUUGUUCGAGAUUUAUAAGAAAUUAAUUUAUUUGU